AUGGCUUCCACGACACCUCAACUCCCACCCUCUCUACCCAUGAACCCACUACUACACAAAGCCAUACUUGCAGGGGAUGAACACACGGUGUCGUUAUUCCAACCUGAUUUCCUUGCUCUAGUAGUGAGCCUCCAAGGGAAUACAGUCGCUCAUAUCGCGGCCAGACAUGUCCAAACAGGGGAUGGGGAUGUGGAUGGGAAUGGAGGAGCUUUGAAACAACAGUACCUUCGAAUGCAAAAUGAGAAGGGAAAUGCUGCAUUGCAUGAAGCUUUGGAAAAUAAUCAUGAAGAGGUUGCUCGCCUCUUGUUUACAGCACAUUCGGAGCUUUCAUAUUUGGGUAACGAAGAAGGGAAGUAUCCUGUAUAUUUGGCUGCAGAAGCUGGUUUACUGCAACUUUUUAAGGACAUGUUGGAAUUGCUUGGUGACAUUGAAAACCCUAGGGAAUGGAGUGGAGGAAAGACACCUCUUCACGUUGCCAUUAUCAAGAGGCAUCCAGGUAUUCUUGAUUUGGGCAUUUACCUUUUAAUGUUGUUCCUCGCGCUUCAAGUUGCUUUUAAUGGUAAUUUUAGUUUAUCAACCAACGUUAUGACAUCUUUACAACUACUGCUCUGA